AUGCCUGAACGUACUAUUCAUGAACGAUUUAUCAAAAAAAUAAUUGAUAGGAAUUGUGAAUCCGCUAUCAUUCAUGAAAUGUCUGAUACCAUCGAUCGUACUAUUGUUAGAAGACGGGAAACCCCUGAACAAAAAGUGGUUCUAGUUCAAUCUUCAAGAUACCCAUAUAAGAACAAUCAACCUUCCGCCUCUCUCUCUAAUCAGAGUUGCAGCAAUGAAAGCAAACAAGAGAGAUAUAAACCCGUAACUGCGCGAGAAUCAGCUUUGUUGGAGAAGCUCGAGCAAAUUCUUUCCCGAGUUCAACAGCUUGAAACACUGAAGACUGAAACAGCUAAGUCAACGCUGAAUACUGCAAAACAAGGAAAAUUAGACGCCCCUCAGAUCAACAUCACCAUUCCCCUUUUUGAUGUUGUUCUGAACUCUAUGAGAAAUAUAGAAGCGAAAGUGAGCAAACUACAGCAAGAUGUUGAUACUCUUCGGACGGAAGAAAAGAAUUGUGAAGGACAGCUUUUGAACCAAAUUCAAACACACUUUGCUAGACUCAGCGACCUCUUAGGGAGUAAUGUUGCCGAGGUCUUGAUUGAGAACAGAGCAGAGAAUCAAAAAAUCUUAGAAGAGUUGGGAAGAAUGGCGCAAAAAAAAAAUUCAUCCGAUCUGGAAGUAGCAAAGCUGAUGGAGGAAGUUGAUGAUGUGAGCCUGCAUUCAAAGCGUUCUUCGCAAUCUUCUGUUCUCUCUUCUCCUGUACAAAUGGAAAAUGGAACCCGUCCAUCUCAAGCUUUCAUUCAUUUUAGCCCUGAGCGGACAAACACAAGACCAUCUGUCAUUUCUUCCCAAAACCUUACAAACAACCGAGAAGAAGAAGAAGGAGAAGAAAUUAAAUUGUAA